CCCCCCCCCCCCAACCUCACUUCCUCUGCGCCUCCUAUAAGAACGGCAGGAGGGGCGAGUGGGGACACACGGACAAGAUCACUCCUCAGAGAACUGAGUGACGAUGGCUCCCCGUUUUUCCUGGUUCCUGUUUCCCUUGCUGGCGCUCCUCUUCUGCCACGGUGCCGCCUUUGCUGCCGAGACGCUUCAAAAGACAGACAUCAAGACACUUCAAAAUAUUGCGAAAAUGGAAUGUCUCAAAAAAUAUAAAGGAAAACAGCACGCCGUGCUGUAUCUGACCGGAAAGGAGCUCAAGGACCUAAAGUGCCAUCAAAUUGCUUACUAUGAUGCGAGAAAUGUUAGUGCCAACUGCAAUAUCGCUCCCGUCUUCAAUGUGACACUUCGGGGGUCUAAUGAGACAUUUAAACAUAGUGAGUGGCAACUGAUCUACACGGCACUGAGGCCCAUGCUUCAGGAAUGGCAAGCGAACAACUCGGUUGACUUAGCCAACCCUGAGUGCCCCAAGUCACUCUAUCUCUACUCAUACCUUGCCCCCGACUACGCCCUACACAGAAAAAAGCUUGGUCGCACUUGUACACAUGCGAUCGUCACAGGGAUCCUCAACAUCCUAUACGAGAAAGGGUGCAACAACAAGACCAGGAUCGUAGUGGGAUUUUCAAAGGUAAAUCGGGUAUACCUAGCAGAAGCCUGUGAUGGUUAUAAGUUGAUGAAGCAGAACAAUAUAAAGGAGUAUCACCUGGAGAGCACAGAUAAACACAAAAAACUGAUCUGUAAUGGUGUAAUUCCCAAUGCUGGUUAGUCCGCGCCGCAGGACCGGGUCGUGAGGGAGGACUCGCGUGGCAUUGCUGUGCUGCAACAAGAGGCUCUCUGGUCACGGCAAGGCAAGCGUUGCAAGGUGGAUUUGCUCGGAAAACGGACCCGAAUGCGUAAUUCCGCAAGCUUAGUUGAUCAAGCUUGGUUUGAUUGAUAAAGCGGUAUCUAAACAGAUAAGUAGAGUAGUUUUCUAAUCGAUUUCUCAAGUAAAGGAAUCUUUUGAGUUUGCCGUUUCUUAUGGAUCUUGCAUUGUUUUAGUAAUGAACAGGAAUAUGCAUUAACUGUGCAGUUUAUUUUUUGGAAGGAUCUAAUAAUUAUUAUUGAUAAGGAUAAUCGCAAUGAGCUUAGAAAUUAUAAAUUAUCAUGAUGGAAAAAGUUGUCAAAGGUAAAUAGUUUUGACCCAGCGGACUCGAACUGGAACUUGGUGGAGGUGAGACGCACGGUCUUGUGGUAUUUUGUUUUUUGGGCUAUAAUUUAGCUGUAAGUUUGUUCAACUCGGUACCACGUUCCAACAUGGUUACAUGAUGUAUAAUAUGUAAUACUGUGUAUUUGGAAUUGCAUAUUCUAUGAAGUUGGUGUCUAAAAGGUGACUGGUGUUUGGGUGAUGCCCAGAGUGAUAUGUCGGAACCAGAGGUAUUUUCUUUUAUUUUGGUGCCCAAUUAUUUGAAUCGUGUUAAUUGAAGGUCAAACGGUGUUUCUCAUUCAUUUUGUUUUAUAAUACUUGUUGGCAGUUGCCACAGUGUAAUUAACUUCUUUGUAAUACAAUGUAAGCAUCUA